AACGAAAACAAUUGUAAACACUUUACCGGGAGGCGUUAUCAGUUCAACUUCAACAUCAAGUUCAGUUGUACACCGUUCCGUUGUGCCUUCGUUUGUCUUGUCCGUGUGUCCGGUCAGUCCGCGUAGUAACUUCUCGUGCGUCCGGUCAAAAGAACGAUUUGUUUCGUUUCGAUCCGCUACUAAUCGACGUCCGUUUUCCAACAGCAGUAACGUCCCGUUGCGGAUCGUGAAGGCAAUCAGCAGUCGUCGGUGCCCCUUGUUACUAUCGAAACUCUCCGAAAGAGUAUCAUUUCGAAGACUUACUAUUUCCCUACGACGAGCUGGAAAAAUGGAAGAUACAAUUAGAUAACAUGAGAUCCAGAGCUGAUAAAUUUGAAAUAAGUAGAUCGCUCGCGAGGCGGCCUGCUAAUGAUCAACCAUUGUACGAAGUAUACAAAAAUAUAAUGAACAAAAACUCAUCCUCGGUUUCGACCCUCGAGAAUAGCGCUAAUAUUACUUUUCAAUCGAAAAAUAUGUCUUCUAUUCCUCACGUGCCUAUAUUCAUUGAAGACGACAGCAUCAAAAGUGGAUCUCAAAUCAUAUUAAAAUGUAUACGACCGGACUGGAAUAUAGAUAAUAUUCGAUACAAGUUGUUCACAGAUGGCAUCACAAAUAAGUUAAUCGGUUUAUUCAAUGAUUCAUGUCUAGAAGACAAUGCCAUACUAAUUCGUGUCUAUGGCAGAAAUACAGAACAAAUAAUUGACAGAGAUGCUGAAUUAAAAAAUUUAAAGUUAUUACACCAUGCUGGACUUGCACCCAAUGUGUAUGCCACUUUCGAAAAUGGUAUAGCAUACAAAUACAUCCAAGGGGAAACACUGACCAUGACCAUGGUUCGGGAACCAAGUAUUUAUAAGUUAGUUGCCAAAACAAUGGCAAGAUUUCACCAGUUAGAUGUGAGUACGAUUAGUGAUAAAACCAACGAAUCUGAACUUUGGAGUAAAAUGGAACAGUUUGCCGGUUUGAUCCCGAAACGUUUUAGUUCAGAUUCAACUGAUCAGCAAUUCCGAAAAAUUUUCACAUCAGGGGUUGAGGGCUUACGAUCUGAUAUUGAAAAUAUAAAAAUGGUUCUGGAGAAUAUAGGAAGUCCGAUCGUAUUUAGCCAUAACGAUCUCUUGUUAAACAACAUCAUUUUACAGAGGGAUACAGGAGGUAACCCUGUCAAUGUAGCAUUCAUCGACUAUGAGUACGCAAUGCUCAACUAUCAAGCAUUUGAUAUAGCCAAUCAUUUUAUCGAAUUCGCUGGUGUGUAUGAACCCGACUUUUCUUCGCACUAUCCAAAUAUCGAGUUGCAAAUGGACUGGCUGACUUUUUACUUAGAAGAAUUCCUUAACGAAUCAUUAGACCAAAGUGAUCAGAGAGUAGCAGUGCUUAAGGAUCAAGUGGAUAAGUUAGUUAUAGCAUCACAUUUGUUAUGGACGUUCUGGGCUCUCGUUCAAACCGAAAUAUCUAAGAUAAAUUUUGAUUUUCUUAGAUAUGCGCAGUUGAGAUUUGAACAGUACGAGAAAAUGAAAAAAUUACUCAACAUAUGAAAAUUACCAAUUCUAUAAUAUCUUAACGUAUAUUACUACAAUCAAAAAUAGAAUGCCCACACGUCAUAAAAGCAGAAGUUUGUAUUAAAUACGAUGGCACAAGUAGUAACGAUGCAUCGUUUAUCGGUAAUUAAUAUCACCACUCAUCUUCGUUAUGAUAUAAAAUAGUGCCAACAGCUGUAUUAAAAAGUGUUACAUCGUUAUGUAUUAUAUAAUAUAAAAAUAUGA